CUGUGGAGAUGGCUGCGGUCACGCAGACCGGAGCAUGGGCGAGCACAGCAACCUUCGUGCUGUGCCUUCUGCACCACACACCGUCAUGAGCUGCUUGGCCAGCACAAAUCUGAGGAUCGGGCACCUCCCUCGUGCCGACACGUGGCACCUCUGGGCACAGCGCAGGAGCAGCAGAGGCCGACAUGACCAUGUCUUCCUCGUGCUAGGGCCACUCCUACUGCCUCGGUGACCCCCCAGCCUGGUGGCGAGAAUGCGCGCAUGGAAGGCGGUGGCCAGCACGCUGGCACUCAGCGGGACCGAUGUGGUGGUCACCACACUGCUCUACACCCACGGCCGGGGUGGCCGGGACAUCCUGCAGGACCUGCGGCACUUCAACAUCUUCAACUCGAUGCUGGACAUCUGGGGGGGCUGCCUGUACCGCAGCUGUGUGCUGCUGGGGGCUGCCAUCGGGGUGGCCACCAACACGGCCUAUGGGCCCCGGCGCCUCAGGGCAUCGCGGACCUUCAUCGCCAUCGUCUGCCUCCUCAUGGGCAUCUACAUGAUGGUGAAGCUGCUGCUCUACUCGGAGGUGCGGAGGACCAUCAGGGACCCCUGGUUCUGGGGGCUCUUUGCCUGGACCUACGUGGCGCUGGCGGCCACCUUUGGGCUGUGGCAGCUGCUGGCCUGUGUCACCUCCUCCCGCGAGGCGCUGGGGCCCAGCUCUGAGUCUCGCACCGAGGCGGAGGAGAGCUGUGAUGGCAGCGCCCAGAGGGACAAGCGGGAGGAGGCGGCGAGUCCCACCAUCCAUAAACUGCUGUCCUACACCAAGCCAGAUGCCUUCCUCCUGGGCAUUGCCUCCUUCUUCCUCCUCGUGGCCGCUCUGGGAGAGACCUUCCUGCCCUACUACACGGGGCUGGCCAUCGAUGGCAUCGUGGUGCAGAAGAGCAUGGACCGCUUCUCCACAGCAGUGCUGGUCAUGUCGCUGCUCGCCAUAGGAAGCUCAUUUGCCGCAGGUAUCCGGGGCGGCGUUUUUACGCUCAUAUUUGCAAGACUGAAUAUUCGCCUUCGCAACUGCCUCUUCAGGUCGCUGGUGGCUCAGGAGAUGAGUUUCUUUGAUGAGAACCGCACAGGGGACAUCAUCUCCCGCCUGACAUCGGACACGACCAUCGUGAGUGACCUGGUCUCCCAGAACAUCAACAUCUUCCUGCGCAAUGUGGUGAAGGCCACGGGAGUGAUCUUUUUCAUGUUCAGCCUCUCCUGGAAGCUCUCACUCGUCACCUUCAUGGGCUUCCCUAUCAUCAUGCUGGUGUCCGAUGUCUAUGGGAAGUACUACCAGAAGCUCUCUAAGGAGGUGCAGAAUGCGCUGGCCAAGGCCAACAACACCGCCGAGGAGACCAUCUCGGCCAUGAAGACUGUCCGCAGCUUCGCCAACGAGGAGACGGAGGCCAAUGUGUACUGGCAGAAGCUGCAGCAGGUGUACAAGCUCAACAAGCGGGAGUCCAUGGCUUACACCUACUACGUCUGGUCCAGCGGGCUGACUCUCCUGGUGGUCCAGGUCAGCAUCCUUUACUACGGUGGGCACCUGGUGAUCUCAGAGCAAAUGACAAGCGGGAACCUGAUCUCGUUCAUCAUUUAUGAGUUCGUUUUAGGAGACUGCAUGGAGUCCGUCGGCUCCGUCUACAGCGGCCUGAUGCAGGGAGUGGGAGCUGCCGAGAAGGUGUUUGAGUUCAUCGACCGCAAGCCAACAAUGGUGAAUGACGGGUCCCUGGCCCCAGACCAUGUGGACGGGAAGGUGGAGUUCAGAAACGUGACGUUUUCCUACCGCACUCGCUCCUCAACGCAGGUGCUCGAGAAUGUGUCCUUCAUCCUGCACCCUGGCAAAGUGACGGCGCUGGUGGGUCCUUCGGGAAGUGGGAAAAGCUCCUGUGUCAACAUCUUGGAGAACUUCUACCCUCUGCAAGACGGGCAGGUGCUGCUGGACGGGCAUCCCAUUAACAUGUACGAUCACAAGUACCUGCACUCCGUGAUCUCCCUGGUGAGCCAAGAGCCGGUGCUGUUCGCCCGCUCGAUUGCGGAUAAUAUUUCUUACGGCUUAACCUCGGCCUCCUUCGAGUCGGUUGUCCAGGCUGCCCAGAAGGCCAACGCGCAUGGCUUCAUCACCGAGUUACAAGACGGCUACCACACAGAGGCAGGAGAAAAAGGAGCCCAGCUGUCAGGUGGCCAGAAGCAGAGAGUGGCAAUUGCCAGGGCCUUGAUCCGAAGCCCCCCCAUCCUCAUCCUGGAUGAAGCCACGAGCGCGCUGGAUGCGGAGAGCGAACAUGCGAUUCAACAGGCGAUUUACGGCGAUUUGCAGAACCACACGGUGCUUGUCAUCGCUCACAGGCUGAGCACUGUGGAGAAGGCACACAACAUCGUUGUGCUGGACAAGGGCCGCGUGGUGCAGCAGGGCUCGCACAAGGAGCUGAUGAAAGAAGAAGGAGGCCUUUAUUCCAAACUGGUGCAGAGACAGAUCCUGGGGCUGGAAGGGGCCGGCGCAGACGGUCACCAACCCGCAGCCCGGGGGGAUUCAGCGAAGGCGCCCGGCGGGCUGGAGGAAGAGUUCAGGAUAGACCAUCCCGUGGCGCAGGACGAUUACAACAACGUGAUUCACAAGUGAGAGCGGUGAGGGCCGGCACCCCAGACGCUUGCUGGGACACCGAGAUGGGGGACGGCUUGCCAAGGGGCCGGUGCUGCAGAACGCCGGCCGCUGGGUUCCCCCGCGCACGUCCCGCACCCGUGCACACACAAACACGCACUAUCGAGCUUCCUGCAUCGCGGGCAGACGCCGGCUGGUUAAACAGGGAAACGGAUUUAUUCCAGGGAGUUGGGUCUUUAGCAAUUCUCAGCGUUUCUACUGGGUUUCUUUUCUUCCUACCAGUAAUUCUGACUGGGACUUUUCUCCCACUGAUAUGCAUGUGUAACUGCUACUACCUGUAAUGGAUGUUAAAUGCAUGCACGGAGGGGAGGAUUGAAAACCCCCUUCAGGAAUUUCAGGGGGUGGCUUUUGUGGCUGGAUAGAAAAAACAGGGACUGUAAAACAAGGUCCUGCUCCCGCUCUCAAUCUCUGGGGCCACUCCAGGGUCUGCUGAAGCCUGCAGGGAGCCCCCUGGCUUUGGGGAGAGCUGGGUGGCUCUGGGGGCUGAGCGCGGGAGGGUUUUGCACUGAGUGCCUGCGGGCUCAGGCUGAUGACCAUUGCUGCUGAGCUUGUACCAUGUAGUAACCAUCCUUGCUGGGGACCGGGAGGCAGAUGUUGCUUUUAGAUUUGCUCUUGGUGCUUGGUGGGUGUUUGGUUUUAAGGAGGAGAAGGUUUACCAUAGUUGGGUUAGGUUCUGGGGGUUUUGGCUCAGGUUCGGAGUUUUUUUAAUAUAUAUUUAUGCGCACUGUGCAAUGUCUGUCUGGCUCCAGCAUCCACUGAAAAUUGGUCUGUUAUUUCAGAAUUAUUUUUUUUUUUAACUCACAACCCCGGUGCUGGUUUGAAAUAAAAACACUACUAAAGACAGGCAUAAAAUACUAAAAGACAGCACUUUAUCAAUCCCACCAAAGCUUUGUUCAGCUUCAGGCCACGCUAGUGACUUCACUGCAUGGGGAAUCCGUACAGUCGCUUUCCUUGAAGUCCUGCCUGAACUCUAAAAUGUGUUUCUUUGAAUAUUGUUAACUUUUAGUAUGAGAGAUAGAAAGAAAUAUGUGGCUCCUAGUCCUUUGGAUUAAUGGCUCUGGCUUAGUCAUGUUAUCUUGCCAUAGACUGGUGAAGAAACCUCUGCAGCCAGGUGGGUGCUAUUGAAAAAUAGCAUUUACACAGGGAAGAUUGACUUCAGACUGUGCAUAGUUAAGAAAUGAUCUCAAGCACUUUAGCUUUCAUGUUUUCCAAUAUUUAAAUGCUGCUGUGUUUUACUUUUUGGCAGUUUUGCAUUUUUGUUCUUGGCAAUGUUUUGGUUUUGUUUAGUGCUGUUUCACAAACUCUUUAGUGUCCUUGAGGAGGGAUGCUCAAAAAAUAAAAUACUACCUCUGCCACUCGA